AUGGUAACUAAAUCAAAAACAACUAAGCAACAAUAUAAAUCUCUGCUCCAAGGUGAAGCCAAGUUGGAAUUGGAUGAAGCAACCAAAAAAGCCUUCGCUACUUUUAUCAAAAAAGCCAAAAAACACAAGCAAUUUAAUAUCACUAACAACCCCGAAUAUGGUUUACCUAACCUGGCUAACACUAUUGCCCAUGAAAUUGCUCAUUGUUUAAUUGCUGAUUACGACCCCAAGCAAGCGGGCAAACAUGAUGAUUCUACUCAUGUUUAUCGACAAAUGAAAUACCAUUUUAAAGAACAUGGAACGAUGGAUUGUUUAUUUGAGUCAGUGGCAGAUAUAGAAGAUAAAGCAAUUAAGUCUUAUCUGACUAAAACUUACCGAGAUUAUCAGACUUCUAAAAAGCAAGGUAAUAUAGAUUUCUUUUUCCGAAGCGAGGACGAAUCCUGA